UUAACGACACCUUCUAUCCUCCUCAAUCUUCAACCACAGCCGAAAAAACCCUCUGGAAAUACAGAGGCACAGAACAUACAUGAGAACUGAAACCAGAGAAUCAAUUGCGGGAAUAGCAUAAAUAUGUUUUCCCUAUCCAAUUCAACACCAACAUGCCUGUACAAUCACACAAAUCCCGUCUCACCGAGCGCCUCUCCUUUGAUUUCAUCUUUUCCAUUUCGUCGAAGAACGUGGUUUCAUUCACGCCCUUGUGCUUUGAGUACAGGAUCGGACGGCUCGGAUGUGCUGAGGAAACCGGUAGCCCGGUCGCCGGUGAAGGAGAGUGAGAUUUCGGAAGAAGAAGAUGACGGUUUGGCAAGCAAGGGUGAGGAAAUACAAGACGAGGACGAGUGGGUUGACUGGGAGGACCAGAUUUUCGAGGAUACCGUCCCGCUUGUUAGUUUUGUGAGAAUGAUUCUGCAUUCUGGCAAAUAUCGAAGUGGAGAUAGGUUGAGUCCUGAGCAUGAGAGAACCAUUAUCAAUAGGCUGCUUUCCAAUCAUCCUGAGUGUGAAAAGAAGAUCGGGUGUGGAAUUGAUUAUAUUACAGUUGGGUAUCAUCCAAAUUUUGAAAGCUCAAAAUGUCUGUUCAUAGUUCGAAAAGAUGGAGAAUUGGUCGACUUCUCAUUUUGGAAAUGUAUUAAGGGUCUAAUUAGGAAAAACUAUCCGCUCUAUGCGGACAGCUUCAUUCUAAGACAUUUUCCAAGGCGUAGAAAUGAUAGAUGAAGGUGAUACUUUGACUAGUACUUAUCUUGUGCCUCUGUAUGCUGAGAAGUAUCAUAUUUUUUUUCGUUUUCCAAAAUGUGUUUGUAUUUGCUAAGAACUAAUAGAAAGUUUGAAAUCAAUUGGAAAUCUUUGUGGAAAGCCGGAGCAACGUUCUACAACUGCUCUAAAGCAGUUGCUGCAGGAUGACUGAUGAAAAUAAUGUUUGUUUUCAUUUGCACUGCUUAAUUAAUUAUUCCUUUUUUUCUUGGUACA